AUGACGAUCAGCACGCCGUGCUGGAGUGUGACGGUGGUGGCCGCGACCCUACUGCUGCUGCUGGUCGUACCACUUGCGAGUGCCAGUGAAAAUACACACUAUUUGCCGCCGCUGGAAUGUGUCGAUCCGUACGGAAGACCACAGCGCUGUAUUCCCGAGUUUGAAAAUGCCGCCUACCAGCUGCAGGUGGACGCGACCAACACCUGCGGCGAUGAAACCGACACCGAUUUCUGCGUCCAAACGGGGUACUCCAACCGGAAGAGCUGCGACGUGUGUCACGCAGGCGAACACUCGCCCCACUUCCUGACCGAUUUCCACGAUCCAAACCACCCGACCUGGUGGCAAUCGGAGACAAUGUUCGAAGCCGUCCAGUACCCGAACCAGGUGAACCUAACGCUCCGCCUGGGCAAAUCCUUCGACAUCACGUACAUCCGCAUCGUGUUCCACUCACCCCGGCCGGAAUCGUUCGCGAUCUACAAGCGUGUCACCCCGAACGGUCCCUGGAUCCCGUACCAGUACUACAGUGCGACCUGCCGCGACACCUACGGUCUGCCAGAUUCCCUCUCCGUCAUGAACGGGGAGGACGAAUCGCGGGCACUCUGCACCAGCGAGUACAGUGACAUCUCACCACUGCGGGAUGGUAACAUUGCGUUCUCUUCCCUCGAGGGACGCCCGUCAGCGAUCAACUUCGAGCACCACCUGGAACUGCAGCAGUGGGUGACGGCCACCGACAUCCGGAUAACGCUCGAUCGGCUCAACACCUUCGGUGAUGAGGUGUUCGGGGAUGCUCAGGUGCUCAGGUCGUACUUCUACGCGAUCGCGGACAUUGCCGUUGGUGCGAGGUGCAAGUGCAAUGGGCAUGCGAGCGAAUGCACCACCAGCACGGCACUGGAUGGGCAGCGGAUGCGCGUGUGCAAGUGCAUGCACUUCACGGACGGACCGGACUGUGAUCGGUGUUUGCCGUUCUACAACGAUGCACCGUGGGGCCGCGCGACGUCUAAGAAUGUGCACGAGUGCAAGCCGUGCAACUGUAAUGGAUACUCCACAAAGUGCUUCUUCGAUCGGCACCUGUACAACCUAACCGGCCACGGUGGACACUGUCUCGAUUGUGGCGCAAACCGGGACGGCCCGAAAUGUGAACGCUGCAAAGAGAACUUCUUCAUGCGUGAGGAUGGGUACUGCAUCAACUGCGGAUGCGAUCCGGUAGGUUCACGAUCACUUCAAUGCAACGCGGAAGGCCGCUGCCAAUGCAAACCAGGCGUCACAGGUGACAAGUGUGAUCGGUGCGAUGCGAACUACUUCAACUUUGGCCCGCACGGUUGUCAACCGUGUAACUGUGACGAGCGAGGAUCACUCGACAAUGCGCCAUCUUGCGAUCCCGUCACGGGCAUGUGCUCGUGCAAAGAGAACGUCGAAGGGCGGCAUUGUCGCGAGUGUCGGUUGGGUUACUUCAACCUGGACGCGGACAACAAGUUCGGGUGUACGCCGUGCUUCUGCUACGGGCACACGCUCGAGUGUACGAGCGCGAGCGGGUACUCGAUCGUCUCGACGACUUCGAACUUCAACAAGCACAAGGAAAAAUGGACCGCCAUCUCGGAGACGGGCGUACCGGUGGACGUGAAGUACAACUCCCACAGCCAAUCGAUCGGGGUCGGUUGGAAUGGUCACCGGACGGUGUACUUCCUCGCACCGGAUCGGUUCCUUGGUGAUCAGCGUGCGUCCUACAAUAGGUUGUUCAAGUUCCGCCUGCAACUGGUCGGACAACCGCGUGUUGACGUGGGUCCGUACGAUGUUGUGCUGCAGGGUGGCAACAGCAGCAUCUCGUUGCCAAUUUUCGCACAGAACCAGCGCAUGCCGAGUGAGGAGUCGCAUGAGUUUGCGUUCCGGUUGCACGAGAACCCGGAGUACACGUGGCAUCCGUCGAAUUCGGGGCGUGGGUUUAUGUCGAUUCUGAGCAACCUGACGGCGGUUAAGAUCCGAGCGAUUUAUGGAGAUUACGGGGAGGCAAUUUUGGAUGAUGUUGAGCUGCAAACGGCCCAUCGUGGAGCGGCUGGACGGCAGGCGACGUGGAUCGAGCAGUGCACCUGUCCGGAGGGCUAUUUGGGGCAGUUUUGUGAAUCGUGUGCGCCUGGAUAUAGGCACAACCCGGCACGGGGUGGACCGUUUAUGCCGUGUGUGCCGUGCGAUUGUAAUAAGCAUGCGGAAAUUUGCGAUUCUGAGACGGGAAGGUGCAUCUGUCAGCACAACACCGCCGGAGAUACGUGUGAUCAGUGUGCGAAGGGAUUUUAUGGCAAUGCGCUUGGGGGAACGCCGUACGACUGCAAACGGUGCCCGUGCCCGAAUAAUGGCGCUUGUAUGCAGAUGGCUGGGGAUUCGGUGAUGUGUUUGGAGUGUCCGGUUGGAUACUUUGGACCCCGCUGCGAACUCUGCUCGGAUGGGUACUACGGCGAUCCAACGGGUGUGUUUGGUUCCGUGCGGAUGUGCCAAGCCUGCGAUUGCAACGGAAACGUCGACCCGAACGCGGUCGGUAACUGCAACCGUACCACGGGCGAGUGCCUCAAGUGCAUCCACAACACGGCCGGACCACAUUGCGACCAGUGUCUACCGGGUCACUUUGGAGACCCGCUGGCAGAACCGCACGGUAGCUGCGAAGAGUGCAGUUGCUACCCGCGAGGAACCGAACAAACGGAGAAAGGCAUCUCGAUCUGUGACGCCAUCAACGGUAACUGCCACUGCAAGGCGAACGUGGUCGGACGGACGUGCAACGAGUGCAAGAACGGCUACUGGAACAUCGUGUCCGGGAAUGGGUGUGAAAGCUGCAACUGCGACCCGAUCGGUAGCUACAACGCGUCCUGUGACACGUUCACGGGCGAGUGCUUCUGCAAACCGGGUGUGGUCGGUAAGAAGUGCGACAAGUGUGAGGCAGCACAUUACGGCUUCUCGGAGGAUGGCUGCCAGGCGUGCGAUUGCGAUCCGAGCGGUUCGAAGGGCACCCAGUGUAACCAGUACGGGCAGUGCCCUUGCAAUGAUAACGUCGAAGGCCGGCGGUGCGAUCGGUGCAAGGAGAAUAAGUACGAUCGGCAUCAGGGUUGUCUCGACUGUCCUGCCUGCUACAAUCUCGUGCAGGAUGCGGCGAACGAGCACCGUGGCAAGCUGGCCGAGUUGAACCAGAUCCUGCAGGACAUUCAAUCGAAACCGAUCGUGAUCGAUGAUAAUGAGUUUGCUGGCAAGCUGCACGCGGUGCAGGAGAAGAUCGACAUCCUGGUGGAGGACGCGAAGAGUGGUUCCGGUGGGGGCGAGAAAACGUUGAAUGAGAUCCUGCGUGAGCUGGAGGGCCGGUUGCAGGACGUGCAGAAGCUGCUCGAUAACGCCGAUCAGUCGCAGGAGGUGACGAACCACAAGAUCGGUAAGGGUGGGUAUAAUGCGACCCUUGCGCAUGGUAAAAUUCAGGACGCACGGCGACAGUUGGAUGCGGCCGUGGAGUUACUGCAAACGGAGGGCAAUACGGCGUUGGCACGGGCGAAGGACAUCUCGGGACAUUUGGGCAAUCAGACGAACCAGAUCAGUGGCAUUUCGCGGGAAGCGCGUCAGUACGCGGAUCGGUUCAAGGCGGAAGCGGAUGCGAACAUGAAGCAGGCACAGGAAGCUCACAGAAAGGCAUCGGAAGCGCUCAAGAAGGCGAACGAUGCGUUCAACCAGCAAGCGAACAUCACGAAGGAGCUGGACUCGAGCAUCUCGGGUGAGAUCGCGCAGGCGCAGGAAAAACUGACGACGGUUUCGAAGCUAACGGAGCAGGCGUUGACGCGAGCACGUGAGGUGAACGAUGAGGCGUUGACGUUGUUUGCGGCCGUGAAUAGGACGGCACCGCCGAACAUCGAUAUCGACAAGAUCAAGAAGGAGGGCAGCCAGUACAAUCGGGAAGCAGAUCGGAUUGCGGAGGAUCUCGCUGGUAAGAUGGCGAAUAAUAGGGAGCUGCUGGAGAGCGUCGAGCAGAACAUCGUGCUGGCGGAUACGCUGUUGAAUAGAGCACAACUGCAAAAGGAAGACGCUGUGGAGGCGCUCAAACAGCUGCAGUACGCCAAGGAGCUCGCGGAGAAGGCCGUCGCUGAGGGUGAUGGUACGCUGAAGAAGGCUAACUAUACGUACCACACGCUAGCUGGCUUCAAGAACCAGGUUGAGGAGUCGUCAAGGCGUGCGGAAGAUGCGCUCAGUUUGGUACCGAACAUCGACCGACAGAUCGUUAACUCGCGUGAUCUUUUGAAGCGUGCGGAAGAAGCGCUCUUUGCAGCGAGAAUAAAUGCGGACGAUGCACGUAGAAACGCCCAAAUGGCCCAGGACAAGUACGCGGAGGAAGCAUCCAAGCUUGCGGAGAACAUCAAGAAGCGUGCGAAUGCGACCAAGAACACGGCACGUGACCUACACCACGAGGCAGAUCAGCUUAACGGACGUCUCGCCAAGACGGACAACCGGCUCGGAGAACGUGAGGCACAGAUCCGCAAGGAUCUUAACCUAACGAACGAAGCGAAGGAGAAGGUCGGUCAGGCACAGCUCAACUCGAACGAAGCGAAAUCCCAAGUCGACAAAGCGAUGCGUGAGGUGAGCAUGAUCAUGUCGGAGUUGGCGAACCUGCGCGAGAUCGACGUUAAUAGUCUGGAUGAUUUGGAGCGUCGCCUUAGUGCGGCCGAACGUGAACUGGAAGACGCUCAGCUGACGAAGCGACUGAGCAGCCUGACGGAGGCCAAGAACAUCCAGAACCAGAACAUCCGCAGCUAUCAGAAGGAGCUGUCCGAGCUGCGGCUCGAGGUCGACAACAUCGAGCUAAUAGCGAGCUCACUGCCACCGGGUUGCUUCAAGCGCACGCACCUGGAACCGUAAACCUGUGCCCGUGCAGGUGUAUCGUGUAUUUUAAAGAGAUCCUUCUUUUGUUUUUAAGAGAACCGAAAGCAACAAAGUAGUUUUAAACCGCACGCGAGCGGAAUGGAGAUAAAAAAAAACGAAACGAAACAAAAAACUGACAAAUGUGCCACAGCAAAACGGGAACGGAACGGAACGGAAACGUCAAAGCGAUCCGUGCGAUCUACUACUAAAACUAAUACUACUACGCCGCCGGGGUUUUGCGUGGCCCCGUGCGCCGUCUUCACUAGGUUUAGAGCAUUUUGCGUUAGCCCGUAAGCAAAGCGUUAUAUUUAAAUGGUAACAACAACCCGCCUGAAACCAGACCAGUCGUACAGUAAAACUAACAAAUACUAGCAAAACACUCCCUUUUUUUCUCUCACUCUCUCUCUCUUGCUCUACUGGUGCACUAACGAACGCUCUAAGGCGAUGGUGCACUAACGAGCAAAUCCAGUGACUUAAGUAGGUGUUCUUUCUGUGCGUGCGUGUGUGUGUGUUCUUUUCAAGUUUGUUGCGAAAAUCCCUUCAUCUCGCGGAAACGCGCUGCAAAUCCCUGCUCGAAAUAAACACCCUUAUUGCUUAGUCUCCUUAGUCCUUAGUCUUCUUAGUCACACUUAUUCCUUAGUCUCUCUUUCUCUCUCUCUCUCUACACACAUAACCCUUAUUAGACCCCGUUCUUGUUCACGUUCAUCAUAACGCCCACCUGAGCAACAUAGCGAAAAGAGCAUAACGCGCCGAGUUUCGAGAUGAAGCUGGAAAAGGAGAGCUAAUAAAGGAGCCCAACUUGAGCCAAACAGCAAAAAAAACUAAAUAAAAUUUUAAAAAUAAA